AUGCCGCACACGCGAUCCCCGGCGGCCUCGUACAUCCGCACCUGCCGAGGGCUGCAGCGCGCAGCAUGCCGCCACGUCCUUCGUCUUCAUAUUCUCGUCCCUGGCGACGCGGUGGCACGCUCGGCUGAUGGCGAUCCCGUCCACGCUGAGCUAACACACCAACGUCACAUGCCGAACGAGCUGCUCCCGCUCAACCCGCUGGGCGUCAGCAGCAGCCACGAGCUCCAGGAGCAGUCCUACGACACGGAGCUGGUCCUCUUCCUCCGUCUGCACGUGAAGCUCACCUUGCCGCUGAGCCCGAUGCCGAUGGUGCCGCUGACGAUCUUCUGCAUGACCCACGCCACGUUCCUGGAGCCGCCCUUGGCCGUGCUCCCCGUGGCGAUGCCGCGCCUGAAGCUCUACGCAAUGGUGCUGGACCGCUUCCACAACACGUUCUUCAGCAUGGAGCUGGGCCUCUUCCUCGGCGGGGCUCUGGCGCUCGUGAACCUGCUUUGCAUGCCACUGCCGCCGGUGGUGUCCGUCCUCGUGACACUGGUGAUGCUCUCGAUGCUCUUCGGCAAUUUUGCGCAUGCCGCUGCCAAUGGUAGCGCCUGUCUUCGUGAUGUACCUGUCCUGCGUGCCGCUGCCGCUGACGCUACUCCAGAACAGGCCGUUCAUCCGCUGUUCGACGCGUGGUUCGACCUUGUGUUCGACGCCUCCCUGUCCUCGGAGUGCGACCAGACCGUCGAGGAUACCGCUGCACAUGAUGAUGCUGCCGCCGGUGGCGAACCAGUCCACGACGACGCCGCCGAGCGUGGCGAACAACCUGUUCUCGCAGCACAGCCUGUCGCCCUGCCGAUCCUGAUGCUGCCGCGCGCGGCACUCGACCCCUACGCGAUGCACAUGCCGAUGCUGCCGCUGGUGGUGUACCCGGGCACGUUGACGCUGCCGCUGGUGCCGACGAACUGGUGCGCCGAGCUGCUGGGCCUCAUCCUGGAGCGCCACGGGGCGCUCGAGUGCAUGAUGUUGCCGCUGCCGCUGCCGCUGCUGUCACGCGACGCCAACGCGAAGUCCCUCUUCCCGCAGCCGCUGGUGAUGACGAACACGAGUGGGGAACUCGUUGGGACUACGAGCGCAAGUAAUGGCACGGAUCGGCUGACGCUACCCAUCCCGCACAACCCGAAGAAGCUCUGCAUGAUGCUGCACGCGAUGUUCUGCCGCCUGGAGUGGCUGCCGCUGCUCGUGACGCCCCUGAGGUGGUCGCGGGCGGCGCAGCUGGCGGCUCUGGCGGCAAGCCCUGGCCCCGCGGGGGCGGCGCGCCAGGCUCGGCGCCGUCGGACAAGGGCCCAGCUGGCGCAGCUGCAGGACGCCGAGGCCGCGGGCCAGGUCGCGGCGCGCGCCAGCAAUUUCGACUCCGCUCGCAAGUUCGCGAGGGGCGAGGUUGCCGGGCUCCUUGACAAGCGUCGCCAGGUCAAUUCCAGCAGCCGACAGCAGCUCACGCUACACCAGGAGUUCUCGGAGGCCCAGCCUGCGGUGGGCGGGCUCAGAGACAAUAGCAAUAGGAAGCAGAAUAAGCAGGGGGGCCUGGGGAAGCUCAUGGCGAAGUUUGAGCAGGACGUGGUUGCCAUCGAUGAUGCGAUGUCCGAGGCAGAACCCAGGCUCCAGGACCUUCAGAAGCAAGCUCUGGAGACCCUCGCCAAGGCCAGUGGAUCGGCCAGCCAGACAUCUGGGUCUCCUGCAUGGUUCGAGCUCGACCCCGAGGCGGCCAAGGCCAAGGGUGAUGAGUUCCAGAAGUGGCACGCCUCUCUCAGAGAAGAUGGUCAAGCCCAGGGCCACGGGGACAUGCCCGCAGGCGACCACGACGUCGACGUGGAUGCGCUGGUCAGCGAGGACUACGUCGCCAAGGCGGCGGCCUUCCGCCGGGCCACCGACGAGCUGCGGACAGCCAGUCCAGAGCAGCAGGAGGCCUGCAAGCACAAGAUCGCAGGGUCAAGUGCCCGCAUCGCGUGCGCGCUGCUGCCGGCAGGAGGGGCGGAGCCGCGUUGGCUCAACUGCGUCAACGUCGGCAUCCCAACGCCAGGCGUCGACGGUUGCUGCACGGGCUACCGCAGUAUUCGGGGCAUUGUUCUAGCUAGCGGCGAUGACCUCGACGUGCCGUGCGUCAAUAUCGGCAACGCCGCCAAAGAAGCUUCGUCUUUGGCCUUUAAAGCUGAACUCCAGGACUGGCGAGACUGGGCGCAGGCUUCAGUCGAGCACGGGGGCCGCGAGGUUAUCGGUGAGCCCCCGGCGGGCGUCUUGGCUGCGUGGGCUUCGCAGGGCUGGGGCCUCCACUGGGACUGCACGUCGUGCUGGUCCACAGGCCAGUGCACUGUGGGGCUGCGCGAAUGCGAGAUCAGCUGGUUUCAGCGCCCCGCCGAUGGCAUGCUGUCUGGUAAUCUUUUCGCUGAUGGGUCAGCGCUGCACCCUGCUGAUGCGACGCUCAGGCGCACGAGCUGGGCCAUCGCGAUGGCACGCGACCUCGGGCGCGCCAUCGCGGCGGCCUUCGGGCCCGUGCCCUGGGGCGCUGCCCCCCUCCAAUUCGCGAGACGUGGGGAGGGCAAUGCUACGCGUGCGCUGCCUCUUGUUGCUCUGGGGGUCGAGGCCGCGUGGCCCGGCUGCGCAAGCGCCGUAGGGGCCGCCCUCACGAGAGCGAGGUCUCUGUCAGCCCUGCGCGGUCAGGCACGCGCGCGGGGCAGGUUCCACGCGGCGUUUGGCGGCAGCGCCCUCGCGCAUAUGACCAAGGACCUCUGCUCGGAGGCCGAUGCGUGGAUGGUGUCGCGCCACUUUCUGGGAACGCCGAGCCACCGCAUCGGCCGACCUCUCUUCUCAGAAAGGUUGAUCUGCUACCUGGCCUGCGGAGCCUUCGCUUGGGGUGCAGUGCGGUCGUUCUCCCAAGGUCGGCUCCUGGCGCACUACGGCCUCAAUGGCGACGCCCUCCCGUUCUGGGAGGCCCAGGCUCGCGCCGACCGGGUCGGCAGCGGGGCGUGCGACUUUGAGCGCUCCUAUGGCUUCCCGCCCCAGCUGCGCGCGACCGAAGCGUGGCCAGGCGGAGGACUGGCCUGCCGCGCGGUGGGCCUGCGCGGGGCCGGCUCCCGGGCCGAGCUUGCCUGCUGCCUGGCCGCCGCGGAGGCGGCCGCGCGCCGCGGGCCGGCCGCGGGGCGCCCAGGCCGCAGGUGCCGCGCCGCUGCGGCGGCGCCCGCGGCGGCGGCGCCGCGGCGGUGCCCUUCGAGUCCGGGCGCGCUGGCGGGCAGGGUGUCGGCCCUCCGCGCCGCGGGCCCGCAGACGGCCUGCAAGAAGCGCCCGGCGGCCGCGGCCGCGCCCGCGCCCGCGCGGAAGCGCCCAGCGUGCGCGGCGCCCGCCGCAGCGGGGGCGCGCCCGCGGGAGGCGCCGGGGCCGCAGGAGCUGGCGGCGGCCGCCAGCGGCGCGCCGCGGCGGCGCCCGGCGGUCGCCAGCGCGCAGGCAUGCGCGACGCCCGCCGUCGAGGGUUGCCAGCCAGAGCACCCGGCGUCGCAGAAGCUCAUGGCCUUCCGUAAGCGCCACCUCAGGGCGGAGUGCCGCCGGCGCGGGCUCGACGACGAGGGCCGCAAGGAGGUGCUGGUGGCCGCGCUGUGCUGGUCGGACGACGCCGCCUGCUCCCCAGGCUCCUCGUCCACGGAGCUGCUGCCGCAGUCGCCCUGCGGGCAGCUGUCCGUGGCCUCGCCGCGGCCGCCCUCCGCGCCGGCCCCAGCCCCAGGCCAGACGCCGCGGCCGCGCUGCGCUCCGGCCCCGCCCCUGGGCCAGCUGACGCCUCCCAGGCCGCCCUCGCAGGUGUGCAGGCCCCGCGCGGCGGCCGCCGUGGUGCUCGCCGGGGCCCUCCCCCCCGCAGCAGCUCCCGCGGGUCGCGGCGGCCCUGCGGCCGCCCGCGCGGAGGCCGAGGACGGUGUGGCGGGGCAGCGGCCGCGCGCGUGCGGCAGCUGCCGAGGCAGGAGCAGGAGCCGGAGCCCCAGGCGUGUGGCCAUGGCCUGCAACGGCACCAUCCUGAGCGGCAAGAACAAGGGCAACGCCUGCCACGCGAAGCAGGCCCGCUUGGCGCGGCCCCCUGGCGCGCAGUUCUACUACUGCCCUGGGCACACUCGGAAUUGGCAGCGCUUCGAGCCUGCGGCCGCGCUGUCCGGAUGGGAGGAGAGGCUGGCUAAGCGGGCAGAAGCUGUGAGCCUGAGACGUUGAGACGAGGUGCGUAGCGGGUAGAGGCUGGCCAGGGUUGUUCGUCACGCUUCUUUCCUGUUCGGGCGAGGAGGGGGGCGAGGAAAAGAUGUACGUUUACGCAUUGUUCUGUUCUUCGAGAACCACCCUUCUCCUCGAUCAUCCACGCCUUAAGAGCAUGAAUUCGAACCCAUGCGCGCUGCUCCCGCCCACGCUCGGUGACGGCCAGCAGGGGUCUGGCCGCGGGCAACCAGCUGGAGGCUGCCAGGGGCCUGUAGGGCCCGAGGCUGACACGGGGACAGCCUUGCCCGAUGGCGCGGCGGCGGUGGCGCUCGGAA